CCUCACAAGCAAAAAGUUUUGAUUUCUAGUUGCACGCAUUGUGGUUAUGGCUUUCACAUUCCAAUUUUUGCUUAUGAGUUCGUUUCUUGUCUUGUUGUCUCUCACCUUGUUGUUUAGCUCUUGCAAUGCUAGAACUGAUGGACCGACGAUGAGGAUGUUCGAAGAGUGGAUGUCCGAACACGGUCGAGUGUACGCGAAUGCAGAGGAGAAGCAGCGGCGGUAUGAGAUCUUCAAGGACAACGUGAAGUAUAUCGAGGAAUUCAACAAAGUUGGCAGGCGCUCGUACACCCUCGGCAUAACCCAGUUUACUGAUCUUACAAACGAGGAGUUUGUUGAUACGUACGUUAUUGGAGAUGUAACGGAGGAGAUCCCAACAACUACAGAGACCUCCAUGUCGGAUUUUGAGUAUGAAAACUUGCCCUUGCGGGCCGCUGUUGAUUGGAGGACUAAAGGUGCUGUAACUGGAGUCAAGAACCAACUAACAUGCGGUUCCUGUUGGGCAUUCGCUGCGGUAGCAACAGUUGAGAGUAUCUACAAGAUUAAAAAAGGAGUGUUAAAAUCUCUAUCUGAACAACAAGUUCUAGAUUGUUCUGGUGGUGGUACUUGCGCAGGCGGUUCCCGUAACAAAGCUUUCAAUUUUAUCGUCGCAAAUAAAGGCUUGACAACCGAGGCUAACUAUCCAUAUAAAGGAUCUAAAGGGGUAUGUGACAAAAAUAAGCUAUCUGAUCAUGCAGCUUAUAUUACUGGUUACAGGUCUGUCCCUAAAAACAGUGAAGCCGAGCUCAUGAAAGCUGUGAACAACCAACCAGUUUCCGUUGGAGUUAAUGCCAAACCUUGGCAUCAUUACACAGGGGGUAUUUUUAAUGAAGCUUGUGGACCUAAUGUCACUCACGGUGUCGCGGUAGUCGGUUAUGGUGAGGAAUCGGGAAAAAAGUAUUGGAUAAUAAAAAACUCAUGGGGCACAAAGUGGGGUGAAAGCGGAUACAUGCGAAUAGCAAAAAAUGUGGCUGCAAAACAAGGAUUAUGUGGUCUUGCCACAAAUCCCCUCUACCCGUAUAUCAUAUCAAGCGUCGGUACUGAAACUUCCGACAUGGAUUCCGUCAUGAGCGUGAGUUCUAUGUAAGCAUGAAGCAAACAUGCAUAUAAGAUAUGUUUCUGUUUGUUGUUUAUGUUUGUAGUAAUUGUGAGUUUCAGCAGCCACUUUGCUUUGAAGGUCUUGAUAAGCUAGCGAGUACUGUGUUGUGAAGAAUAAAGCUGCUUGUAACUUUUUAAGUAUUAUUUAAUGGACUGUCCUGCUAUGUUGAAUUUGUGCUUUGUUAGU